AAUAAAAUCUCUCGCUUUCUCCAUCUCCAUUUCUUCAAUCUCCUUCCUCUCUCUAUUUCUUCAAUGGAUAAUAAACCGGAAACGUCAUUAGACAACGCAGUUCAUCAACGAUCUGAACCGGGUUCCCAAACCGGUUCAUCUCCAUCAACAAUUACGACUCACCACUUAUCGGUUCCACCCGGUUUAACUCCGGAAGAAUUCCAAGAGCUAAGUUCAUCCAUCGCUGAGUUCCACUCAUACCGAAUCAACUCGGGCCAAUGCUCUUCCCUAGUCGCGCAGCGAAUCCACGCGCCGGCCGAUACCGUCUGGACCGUCGUUCGCCGGUUCGACAAGCCACAAACGUACAAGCACUUCAUCAAAAGCUGUUCGGUAGGUGAAGACUUCCGUAUGGCCGUCGGAUCCACCCGUGACGUCACCGUCAUCUCCGGUUUACCGGCCGCUACCAGUACCGAACGGUUAGAUAUAUUAGACGAUGACCGUCACGUCACCGGAUUUAGUAUCAUUGGCGGAGAACACCGGUUGAGGAAUUACCGGUCAGUUACGACGGUGCAUGGAUUGGAACGCGAUGGAGAGAUCUGGACGGUUGUUUUGGAAUCGUACGUUGUAGAUGUACCGGAAGGGAAUACGGAGGAAGAUACACGCCUUUUCGCUGAUACAGUUGUGAAAUUGAACCUUCAGAAAUUGGCUUCUGUUACUGAAACUUUGGCUCGUGAGGCCGGUAAUGGUGGUGGUGAUAGUAGUGAUGUAAGUCACAGGUGAAUUAUGUGAUUUAUCCAAACUAUAAAAAAAAAAGUGUUCUUUUUUUUUCGUUUUUUUUUUUUUUCGUUCUUUCUAUUGGCUUUUGCCUUUUGGGGUUUAUGUGUUUGACAAUGGAUUAAUUAAUAGAAAGAAAGAU